AUUCAUUUCAUUCAUUACUUAGAAAAGCAAGUGAAAUUCAAGGAAACAAAAAAAAAGAGAGAAAAAGCAUUCGUUAUUACCAAAUGGCUCCAUCUCGUACGGUAGUUGUGCUCUGUCUGCUUCUGUUUCUGGCGGCGAGUAGUACCUCCGCAAGAAUCGGAGCCACCGUGGAUAUGAAGAAUAGGAAGAGCUUAGGGUUUAAAGACAGCUAUAUUUUUGGUUACUUACCCAAAGGAGUUCCCAUUCCUCCUUCUGCUCCUUCUAAGAGACACAACUCUCUUGUUGACUCUCUUCCUCAUUGAUUUCAUUUUUUUAUUGUUCAGUGUAUUUUCUGUGUGUUUGUUUUGUAGAUUAGAUACAUACAUGGUUACAUUCUUCGUUUAUACUUGCAUACUAUUGAUUUUUUCAUAUUUUUCCAGACUAAUAUAUGUCUCAUGAUGGCUAUAAAGAUCAAGAAAUUCAAUUAACUAA